UGGUUUGGUGGACAAAACAAACAGAAGAAUACAGUUUUUGCACCAAAACUACUGUGAUAUAACAGCCUGGAACUUGAACUGUAGCACUUGCAGAAUGGAAAAUAAAUGGAAAUAGAUCUGAAAUAAGGUUGUAAUGUGAGGUGAUACAUGGAUAUGGAUAGGAAGACUGUUGCCAGCAGGUCGAGGGAGGUGAUCCUGCCCCUCGACUCAGUCCUGGUGAAGCCUCAUCUCCAGUACUGUGUCCAGGUCUGGGCUCCCCAGUGCAAGAGAGACAUGGAGCUACUGCAGAGAGUCCAGCGUAGGGCUACGAAGAUGAUCGGACGGCUGGAGCACCUGCCCUAGGAGGAGCGACUGCGAGAGCUGGGCCUCUUCAGCCUGGGGAAGGGAAGACUGAAGGGGGAUCUUAUCAACGUGUACAAGUACCUGAAGGGAGAGUGUCAAGGGGACGAGGACAAACUCUUUUCAGUUGUCCCAUGCAACAGGACAAGAGGCAACAGGCAAAAAUUGAAGCACAGGAAGUUCCGCCUGAACAUGAGGGGGAAUUUCUUCCCUGUGAGAGUGACGGAGCCCUGGCACAGGUUGCCCAGAGAGGUUGUGGAGUCUCCUCCUCUGGAGAUAUUCAAGGCCCGCCUGGCUGCAACCCUGUCUAACGUGCUUUAGUUGACCCUGCUUGAGCAGGGGAGUUGGACUAGAUGAUCUCCAGAGGUCCCUUCCAACCUUACCGAUUCUGUGAUUCUGUAAUAUUUUGGUAUGCACAAUACUUAUAUCUGCCAAGAUGAACAAUUUAGUCCUUAUUUCAACUCUCUGCAGCAGGAUAGCCCAUACAAGAAGAAUCAAAAGAAGGUGGGAGGGAAGAAGUUUGCUGUGCUACUUGCAUGUGAAUUCCAGUCUAGAAGUAUUCCCACUACAGAAUAAAAAUAUCCGCACACUUUCUGUGUAGAAGUUCCACAGGACCAAAGCAGGGGUAUGGGACACUUUGGUACAAAACGAUAUCAGGUAAGAUGUUAGAUUAUGCUUCUUACUGUGUCUUCAGUUUUCAGCACACAUUCAAUAGGCAUGUAGCAUUUAUCAAUAUACAGAAUCAACCACUGCUUCUUAAUACAAGCUUCCACCCAACUGGCCCUUUCUGGGUCAUCAGCUGGCCAACCAGUCAACUUCCAGUGGUAGUACUCCGGAAUUAAGCAGCUUGUGAAACAAAUUAAAAUAAUGCCAGAUACAACUUACCUUCACUGAAAGAGUCUGUAUGACUCUUCUUCUGAAAAGAAGAAGGCAUAAAGUAGCUUGAGGAAGCAAGAUCAACCUCAAAAACCACACAAGAUCAGCACUUGUAUAGCUUUGGCUAAUAUCCUAAACUAAAGCUGUUGAAAAGAUCUUAUUUCUGAGUAGCAUGAAGAAAUGAAGAGUAAUAUGGUUAAAAUGGAUUACCAGAUAAUCAGUGUCCUUACGAAAGUUAGAUGGAAAGUGAAUGUUUCAUUCCAUUUGAAUCAAGUUAUCCUGCUGUCAUUACAAAUCGCUGAGGUUCAGCCUUGUGGAAGGAUUUAAAGGCAACGCUUCAACAAUAAUCGGAUUAGGAAGACUUUCAUAGCUACAUAGCUUGAGAAACAGAUAAAAGAAACCAGAGUUCAGGCUUACCACAAAGUAAGGCAGUGAGCUGUGUCGUGGAGAAUCAACACGCUGUUCUAAGAAAGACUUUGAUUUUGACAAUUACCUAGAGUAGGGAUGCCGGCAGAUUUCAAUGGUUACUGGAAAAUGGUCAGCAAUGACAAUUUUGAGGAGUAUCUGAGAGCACUGGAUGUAAAUGUUGCUGUAAGAAAAAUAGCAAACUUGCUAAAACCUGACAAAGAAAUCCUUCAGAAUGGGGAUCAUAUGAUCAUUAAAACUCUAAGCACUUUUAGAAACUACAUCAUGGAAUUUGAUGUAGGAAAGGAGUUUGAGGAGGAUUUAGCUGGGGUGGAUGAUCGCAAAUGCAUGGAACUGCAAGGGAAGAUAACAGGCUGGAGGAAUAAAGCUUUUUUUAAAAAAAGGAAUCAGCACAGUACAGUUUUUCAAGACAAGUGUUAUGCACAAGAGAAUACAACCACUGCCUGUUAGGCAACCCUGUUUAUCUGUCUACGAUGUACAUCUCUCCACCAUUUGUUCUAGUCUCCAGGCAUUUUCUUCCCCCUUUUGUUGUCAGUAUUUUGUGCUUUGGUUAACAUUUACAGCAAUUUAAGGAGUCUUUUAGAGAAAUAAAAAUGGUAGGGAAGACAGAAAUGGUUCACUUUCUAAUUAAUAUAUGAAGAGCAUUAACAUUUAUAAAUCCAAAAGGUAAUUUACAUUUUUGGAGUUAUAGUGCUUCUCCCAGUCAGUAGUCACUGAACGAAUAUUUUAUGUAUGUAAAGAAAGGAGAGUGUUGUACAAAAAAGUAAAUGCUAACAGGGUCCCUUCGUGACACCCAUAUUGCUGUCCAAAUUAUAAAGGGAUCAAAGCUAUUGUUUUCCUCAGCAAGCUAAGAUUAAGCUUGCUUAUAAUGAACUAGAUGAUUAUGUACAACCUGUAAGCUAUAAGAUAUGUUUAUAGUACUGUUCGUCUUUAAAGAUGUAUUUUAUUUACAAGAAGGAUGAAUAGUUGACAGAAAUAAAUUAAAUUGUCUAUUUAUCCUUCAGGCAGUGCAAGGUGUUUGAGAAAGAAGGGAGCCUUCACUUGUGGAGAAAUACUACAUUUUCAUCUAGUUGAUUCUGUUACCAUCAGGAAGCUGCUGCUUCCCCAGCGUGUCUCAUUCUCCUCCUCCUGUUUGUGGGGGGAAAUGAGGACGAGCUGCCUGUCCAGGGACGCUGUGCUCACCAAGCCCUGGCGAAGUUUUUCAGUCACUGCAGAUAAGAGCUGGUAAUUCGGUCUCUGUAACCAGGAUGCCCUAGGUAAUGCUAUUACCCAAAUGGUGGCAAACAGAGUGAAUUACAAACGCCUAGUUUUGUAAGAGAAGUUGCUUUACCAUAUAAGUUAAAACAAUAGUUUGUCUCGAUAAUAAGCGUGUUUUGGAAGAGGGAAACAACAACAAAAACAUCUCAUACUGAAGACUGUCUUAAUAGUCUGUUUUAGUGCCUGGUUCCUAGUUAUACAAUGGCAAUAUGCUGAUUCAAUCUUUAGAAAUAAAUAGUUGCUUUUAUAUACAAUAAAAGAGCCAAUAUUUACCAACAGUGGUAUUUUUAGAUAUUAUUGCUAUGUUCUGACUCAAAUUUAUGGAAGUGCUCUAAGGCAGAUGUUGCUGUGUAUUUAGUUGUCAGUAAAGUAUAGACCUAGUGGCAGCCAGUGCACACAUAACAGCUACGACAAAUCCAUCCUCAGCUAAUACUCUGUGUGUUUUUAUAGAGAUAUUUGGAAUGAAAUACCUUACUACUCUUUUCCAUAUCCCUAUCUUCCAUAUUAUUUAAGUCUUUUAUUAUAGCAGACAUUGGAGUUUUACUUAAAGAAAGGCAAGAUAAAAAUGCUAGUGAUUAAUCUUAUUUUCAGUAAGUAGUUGUUUCUGCUAACAAAGAAGAGAACAUUAUGUUGUCCUGCAAUACAUUCUGUCCUUCUUAACCUUUCUAGUGUAAUAGCCACAUAUAAAAUUAGAAACUGUAUGGUUUACUCACAUCCCUUCACUAUUUAUGUUUCUCGAAGGGAACAUAGAGUGUUAUAACUGGGAAUUCUGGCUAUAAAACACCUUGGUUAACAGUCUGGGAUGUUAAGCUUUCUGUGGUUGUCACCAAAUUGCCAAAAGCAAUGUCUAGUCUUGAUUGGAAAAACAAAAAAGCAAGAGAAAAAAGUGCAUCAUUUUCUGAGAUGAAACAAUUUGAACUACCCUUGGAAGCUUAAAAAGAUAACAUUUCCUUACACUGCUGCAAACGUUUCUCAAUUUCACCUAAGUGUACUAAACUAGUGAGUCUUUUCAUAAUUUCUACAACAAUUGACUUUAAAUGUUAGUAGUAAUGAUGAAGUUGACCUUAUUUUAUCAUGGUAUACAUAUUUACAGUUCAAUUCACAUGUAAGCUCACAAUAUUAAACUAUAAAACUAAUUGGUGAUUAAGGUAUGCUGAGCUAAUACGUAGUGAAAAAAGUAAGUACUGUUACUAAGAAAAGCUGCAUAUAACAAACCAUUUAUUCCACAACAGACCUUUCAUCUGCAGGUCAUCUGUAGAUAUGCUUAUUUUCUCAUGCAUUUGUUUUUUUAGAAUCAUCAGAAAGUCUUAAGAGAAGUUGACUUAAAAGUUAAACAUUUUUCACUUUAACUAGUAUUGUUUGUUACUUCCAACUCUCUGGCUAGGCAGCUGGGAUGUCUAUGAAGUCAAAACAGAUAUGGAAGACAAUCUAAACCAUGACAAACACAUUAACCCCCUUAAGUACAGCUUUUCCCUAAUGUGAUGUCCUUUCCUGUGAUAGCAUAUUACACAUUAAAAGGAGGUGUAGUUUUGAAAUGUUACCUACUACUAGGUUAUUUUACAUGUGUGAACACAGAAGAAUUUGUGAAUGCAUUUUACAGAUCAGACAGAUUUUUAGCAAGGACAAAUGAGUUUAUUUUCAGAGACCCCAUAUGGUGCAGACAGACACUGUAUGGGAUCACUAACAAUGCCUUGCCUGUGAUUAUCUGCACCAGCGCUCUUUCUAGUGAUUCAUUUUCCAAGCUUGUUUAGCCUGAAGCUUCCCAUGGGUGGAGAUUGCUGGCUGUACCUAUUUACAGAUUGUGGCUAUCAUGGUUAUCAUUUAGGAAUUGUUUGUGACAUACACAUAUUAAAUAAAUACUACGUAGCUGUGUAGCCCUUGAA